AUGCAGCUCACAUUACCCACAGGCAGACCUUCCGGCGUGAAAAUGGAGAAUGCGACUCCGGUCAGAUCAGUGUCAACGCAUAAUUCAUCUGAAGCUGCAAGCGCAGUCAAGGUUCAGCCCGUGGAUAGUGACGAUGAUGUGAACGAUGGCGAAUUGGCCUACAAAAAAUUCAAGGAACGCAAAUCUCUCAAGCGAAAGCAAACCGCUGCCGUUGGUCGCAAGAGCAAGACCCCCAGAGGGAAUGAAUUUGUUGGUCGAGUCAAGCAAGAAAGACCUACGCCCCGACCUAAGCGACCUUUGAAAAGCUAUGGCGAAGUAUCCUCGGAGGAUGAGCUGAUGGAGACCACGCUGCCCGAGUAUUUGAAAAGUCGGCGUGCUAAGUUCAAAUUGAACUAUGAGCGCCUGCAAGAAUCGGGACUGAAGUUACCACCGACAUAUGAGGAUGUUGAAUUCUCGGACGAUGAACGCUUGGAACAGCUCCAAGAACGACCAGUGUUUCCGACCUUGACAAAACAGAAGGAAUACAAGGAUAUUGAACUGCCAUACUCCCUUGGUGUCAUACCUGCACCAAUCGCCCAAUGGCUGCGUCAAUACCAAGUGGAGGGAGUUACUUUUCUCCACGAAUUAUUCGUUUAUCAAAGGGGAGGAAUUCUGGGAGACGACAUGGGCCUGGGUAAAACGAUCCAGGUGAUUGCCUUUUUGACCGCUGCAUAUGGGAAAACGGGAGAUGAACGAGAUGCAAAGCGGAUGCGAAAGGUCCGCCGAGCCGAUGAUAGCGCAUGGGAGAGUUGA